CGGCAUUUUUCGUUGGCUGUGAGGGGACUUCAAACACCCCUACCCCUGCCAAAUUUAGGAAGUUUGCCUUUAUUUGGACCCGGAGGCGUGAUCUUUUUUAUAUUUUGAUCGUCGAACAUUUCUCCGAGACAUCAUGUUUCGCUUGAUGCAGUCUGCCUGUCAGGUAGACAGGGUGGCCCUGAAGAAGACCUACACAGUCUCCAAGCUACGCUUUCGUGGGCUCAAAACAUCCUUCAUCGCCAGGGCAGAGGCAGAGGCUCCAGCCGCCCCACCAGGUGCUAUUCCUUAUAGCGAACUCAAGAUCGGAAUCCCAAAGGAGACCUUCCUCAAUGAACGCAGGGUAGCAGCUGCCCCCAUUGCAGUCAAGAAUCUUAUCAAGGAAGGCUACAAUGUAGUUGUAGAGGACGGUGCAGGGUCCAAAUCCAACUUCAGAAAUCAAGAUUAUGAAGAAGUCGGAGCAAAGAUUGUGAGCAGAGAUGAUGCUUUCAAGUCAGAUCUGGUUUUGAAGGUACGUGCUCCUAGUAUGGAAGAAGUGGGUCUUCUCAGAGAUCGCUCAAAUCUCAUCAGUUUCAUGUACCCGGCACAAAACAAGGAGUUGCUGGAUAAAUUAGCGGAGAGGCAGGCUACAGUAUACGCCAUGGACUGUGUUCCUCGGAUAAGCAGAGCCCAAGUGUUUGAUGCCCUUAGUUCAAUGGCAAAUAUCGCAGGCUACAAAGCUGUUUUAGAAGCAGCUAAUAACUUUGGCAGGUUCUUCACAGGUCAGAUCACUGCUGCUGGAAAGAUCCCACCAGCAAAAGCUCUCGUCAUUGGAGGAGGUGUAGCUGGACUCUCAGCAAUGGGCACAGCAAAGAACAUGGGAGCUAUUGUGAGAGGUUUUGAUACAAGAGCUGCAGUCAAAGAGCAGGUGCAGUCACUGGGAGCCGAGUUCUUGGAGCUGAAGUUUGAGGAAUCAGGAGAAGGAACUGGUGGGUAUGCUAAGGAAAUGUCUCCAGAGUUCAUAAAGGCAGAAAUGGAACUGUUUGCUAAGCAAUGCAAAGAAGUCGACAUCCUCAUUACAACUGCCUUGAUUCCAGGUAAGCCUGCACCAAAGCUGAUAUCCAAAGAGAUGAUUGAAUCAAUGAAGGAGGGGUCUGUUGUUGUGGACUUGGCUGCAGAAGCAGGGGGCAACAUUGAAACCACAAAGCCAAAUGAGUUGUCUGUUCAUAAAGGUGUUAUCCACAUUGGUUACACAGAUCUACCCAGUCGCCUUCCAACCCAGUCCAGCACCUUGUACGGCAAUAAUAUCUCAAAGUUCCUCCUCUCUCUCGGACCCAAAGGCUUCUACCACAUUGACCUAGAAGAUGAGGUUACCCGAGGCUCUAUCAUCUUAAAGGAAGGCGAGCUUCUUUGGCCACCCCCACCACCAAAAGUAGUGCCAGCUCCUCCACCACCCCCACCCAGGCCAGUAGCAGUUGAGGCUCCACCACCAAGCCCCUUUAGAGAUACCCUGAACAGUUCCCUGAUGUAUACGGCAGGAUUAGGAUCACUGUAUGGCUUUGGAGUUCUGUCUCCGAAUGCUGCAUUCAACACCAUGCUCACCACCUUCUCUCUAGCUGGAAUCGUUGGCUACCACACAGUGUGGGGAGUGCAACCUGCCCUUCACUCACCCUUGAUGUCAGUCACAAAUGCCAUCUCUGGCAUCACAGCUGUAGGAGGUCUUGUAUGCAUGAGUGGAGGUUAUUAUCCUGACUCCACACCUGCCACGCUUGCCGCCAUUGCAGCCUUUAUCUCAUCCAUCAACAUCUUUGGAGGCUUCCUCGUUACCAAAAGGAUGUUGGAUAUGUUCCGCCGUCCAGAUGAUCCACCAGAAUACAACUAUUUAUACCUUCUUCCUGGUGGCAUUGGCAUUGGAUCCUACUUGGGGGCUGAAUUGACCGGCUAUUCCAUGCAGGAGAUUGCUUAUCUCGCAGGUUCUCUUUGCUGUGUUGGUGCUUUGAGUGGACUGUCAUCGCAAUCAUCUUGUAGAGUUGGUAAUUCUCUAGGCAUGAUUGGUGUAUCCACAGGUAUGAUUGCCACACUUGUUGGGCUCAAAGCUUCGCCAGAGUUGUACACACAGAUGGGUGCAGCCAUCGGUGUAGGUGGUCUCAUUGGUUGCACCAUUGCCAAGCGAAUGGCCAUUACUGACCUACCCCAGCUUGUUGCUGCCUUCCACAGCUUUGUUGGUCUUGCUGCAGUUCUCACCUGUGUAUCCACAUACAUGGCAGAAGCUGCCCACUUUGCUGCAGAUCCGGCAAGUGCAGGAAUGACCAAGGCUUUCCUCUACUUUGGAACAUACAUUGGUGGUGUCACCUUCACAGGUUCUCUUAUUGCAUAUGGUAAGCUACAAGGUGUGCUCAGUUCUGAACCUCUUCUUCUCCCUGGACGCAACGCUCUCAACUUGGGACUCAUGGCUGCGAAUGUCGGUGCCAUGGCAUACUACAUGACAAACCCAGGUUAUGCUAUGGAUAUGAGCUGCUUGACUGCAACUAGUGUUCUCUCCUCGGUUAUGGGAGUCACCCUGACCGCAGCCAUUGGUGGCGCUGACAUGCCUGUUGUCAUCACUGUGCUGAACAGCUACAGUGGCUGGGCUCUAUGUGCAGAAGGCUUCAUGUUGAACAACAACCUAAUGACCAUCGUUGGUGCCAUGAUUGGUUCUUCAGGAGCCAUCCUCUCAUACAUCAUGUGCAAGGCUAUGAAUCGUUCCCUGACCAAUGUCAUCUUUGGUGGCUACGGAACCCUGACCACAGCUGGUGGCAAACCAAUGGAAAUCACAGGCACCCACACAGAGAUCAAUGUAGAAAACACAGUUGACAUGAUCGAAGAAGCCGAAAACAUCAUCAUUGUCCCUGGCUAUGGUCUAUGCGUUGCAAAGGCCCAGUACCCCAUUGCUGAAAUGGUGGAGGUGCUUAACAAGCGUGGAAAGAAUGUCCGAUUUGGUAUCCAUCCUGUUGCUGGUCGCAUGCCUGGUCAGCUGAAUGUCCUCCUGGCUGAAGCUGGUGUACCCUAUGAUGUUGUCCUUGAGAUGGAUGAAAUCAAUGAUGAUUUCUCUGCUAACGACCUGGUUCUUGUCAUCGGUGCCAACGACACAGUCAAUUCUGCUGCUGAAGAGGAUCCCAACUCCAUCAUUGCUGGCAUGCCAGUACUGAGGGUAUGGAAGUCUAAGCAAGUGGUCGUCAUGAAGAGAUCCCUAGGAGUUGGCUAUGCCGCCGUAGACAACCCAAUCUUCUUCAAGCAAAACACCGGCAUGUUGCUAGGAGAUGCCAAGAAGACAUGUGAUGCUCUACUUGCAAGAUUGAAGACGGUAUAUGAAUCAUGAGUAAUGUGAAAAUUUAUGUGCCUAGAGAGUUAUGUCUUACCUCAGUUUAUAAUAUAGGCUUGUGGUAUGAAAUCAAGAUGAAAUUAUUCCAAAAAAUAUAAUCAUGACGUUACAUAAUUUAUGAGGAGCUCUUUAACCAUCAAAUAGGAUCAUGUGUGAGCACUGUUGCAUGUUAAACUGUUAUUGAUUGGAUUAAUCAUGAAUUUAAAUUCCAAAUGACAAUGAAUUUAUAACCACUUUAGAUUUCUGCUGAAAGGAAAAUUGUAUUUCAUGAGAGUUGUAGUCAAUCAUGUCUAUGAUUCAGGUAUACAGGUGAGAAAGGCAAUCAAAGGGUCACCAUUAACCAUGCAAAGUUUUGUUUCUUUAAUUUCUCUGAAUCAAGUUUUCCUACCUUUGUGUCAAAACCUGCAUCAGGAUGUGAUCUAAACGUAUCAGUUUAUUUUUAAUUGUAUGGAAUUUUAUUUGAUUGACCAAUUUUUCCAUCCUGUUUCUUUCUUUCAAAUGAUAUUCAGGUGCAAGAUUAUUAAUGAAUUAGACAAGAAGGAAAGUAGGUUUUUCAUCAAAGAAAGCUCAGAUGAUGAAAGGAUAGUGAGGGUCAGACUUUC